UCGAAGAGAAUAGCAGACGUGGGAGAACGAACUUGGGAAAGAGGACAGCUGUGCGUGUCACAACACGGGUCAUCGAUAACGACGAGCGCUCGAGCUGCCGGAUGAGCUGUGCUGAUCGGCUCCAUGACAUUUUUAUCCCAUGCGAAGUACUUGCUGUUGCUGUUGACCCAUCUUUUCCCUGACCUUGCUUUCGCAAUUCGAAAAUCGUCGCGAGUGAUACUGACGCUACUGUCGAGACCAACGGUGCUGGACCCUCGCGCACGACGGAUAUACUCUUUCACCUUGAUUGUCCCCAGCUACCGGAGUCGCGCUUUUAAAUCCUUCCUGCCAUUCCUUGUAUCAGCUAUUUAAGGUCUGUUGGCAUCAUCAUCUAGGCCUCCGAGGCAGGUCAGCAUAUCCAGUGACGCCUAGGGUAUAGCACGGGUAUGGGACACACCGCGGGUACGGGUACGACGGGUACAGGUACGGUGUAGAGAUCUGGUACCCGUGGC